AUGUUGUUCACAACCGCGCCGUCGCGAUGGCGGACAGCUUUCUUGGGCGGGCUGCUGACCUCGCUGUCAUGGCUGCCAGGAAGUGCCGCAGCAGACGCAAAGACCCAGGCCGACUACUUCGUACAUUCGCUGCCAGGAGCACCGGAACCACUAUUGAAGAUGCAUGCAGGACACAUCGAAGUCGAUGCAGAGCACAACGGCAACUUGUUCUUCUGGCACUACGAGAACCGCCACAUCGCCAACAGACAACGCACCGUCAUCUGGCUCAACGGAGGCCCCGGUUGCAGCAGCAUGGACGGCGCUCUGAUGGAGAUUGGUCCAUAUCGUGUGCGGGACGGUGGCAAACUGGAGUACAACAACGGCUCGUGGGACGAAUUCGCAAACUUACUUUUCGUGGAUCAACCAGUCGGUACUGGGUUCAGUUAUGUGAAUACGGACAGCUACCUGAGCGAGCUUGAUCAGAUGGCCGAACAAUUUAUGAUCUUCUUAGAAAAGUGGUUCGCGCUCUUCCCCGAGUACGAGCAUGACGAUCUAUAUAUCGCCGGAGAGUCAUACGCCGGGCAACACAUUCCAUACAUCGCACGCGCUAUCCUCAACCGGAAUAAAACAGGGCCAAAGCACACUUGGGCGCUGAAAGGCGUUCUUAUCGGUAAUGGAUGGAUAUCGCCAGUGGACCAUUACCUCUCAUAUCUGCCCUUCGCAUACCAGACAGGCCUCUUGCAGGGCGACAGCCCUGAGGCUAGACGCGUCGAGUCGCUCCAAUCUAAUUGUUUGAAGGUGCUGAACGAGGGAGCGGCGGACCAUGUGGACAAUGCGGUGUGCGAGUCUGUCAUGACCACGAUCCUCCAAGAGACAAAACUGAAGGGUGGCGAUCCGCGACAGGAAUGCGUGAACAUGUACGACAUUCGCCUGCGAGACGAUGGUUCCUGCGGUAUGAACUGGCCUCCGGAUCUUGCCACAGUCACUCCCUGGUUGCGCCAACCAGACGUUAUUGCUGCCCUUCACAUCAACCCUGACAAGAAGACGGGCUGGACUGAAUGCAACGGUGCCGUAUCCUCGCAUUUCCGCGCUAAGAAUAGCAAGCCUUCCAUCAGUUUCUUGCCCGAACUUCUAUCGCAGAUCAACGUUGUCCUCUUCUCAGGAGACCAGGACCUUAUCUGUAACCAUAUUGGUACAGAGAGUCUGAUUGAUAAAAUGACUUGGAAUGGCGGAAAAGGCUUCGAAAUCUCCCAAGGUGUCGUAGCCCCCAAGCGCGACUGGGUUUUCGAGGGCGAGCCAGCGGGUACCUACCGAGAGGCCAGAAAUCUGACCUACGUUGUCUUCUACAAUUCCAGCCACAUGGUUCCAUUCGAUUACCCGAGGCGUACUCGCGACAUGCUCGACCGAUUCAUUGGUGUGGACAUCAGCGCCGUUGGUGGCGCUCCAUCUGAAAGCCUCCUCAACGGAGAGAAGGGACCGCUGGUGAGCGUGGGCGGCCAUCCGAACUCCACCAAGGCCGAGGAAGAUAAGACGAAAGAAUUGAAGGAGGCCCAAUGGAAAGCUUACUACCGCUCCGGAGAGGUUGCUCUGGUCGUCGUUGUAAUUCUCGCUGGUGCUUUCGGAUUCUUCAUCUGGCGCGACCGCCGGCGACGAGCCGCGAGUGGCUACAAAGGAGUGGAUGGAGACGAGGGCCGCGAAUCAUUGAUCAUGGGCAUGGGGCUCGACAACUUCCGCAGAAGGGACCGAAGCCGAGAUGUUGAGGCAGCUGAUUUCGAUGAGCGUGAGCUUGACGAUUUAGAUGGUGAUGCAAGGAAGCCUUCGAAUGGGCGCGCCAAAGGCAGAGGUGAAAAAGAUAGGAUCCCGCAAAAUGACUCUACGUUCAGUCUAGGUGGAGCCAGCAGUGAUGGCGAGGGCAGCGGAAGCGAGAAGGAUCGCAGACUCGCGGCGAGGGAAAAAUCACCAGGCGAUCAGUACAACAGCGGCAACGUCACGAACCCAUUCGAAGAACGCGUCGUGAACGGCUUCACGGCAGUAGAGAUUGCCACGCUACAAAGUCGCCUGAACAAGCAGCUCGGACCAGAGUAUAUAUCACAACGACCAGGCAAUGGAGGGGGCAGGGUUGCAUACCUUGAGGGGAAUAAGGCGAUAGCGCUUGCGAACGAGGUGUUUGGGUUCAAUGGCUGGUCGAGUUCGUUAGGGCAGGUGCAGAUCGACUACGUGGACGAGAACUCUCAGAACGGAAAAGUGAGCCUUGGACUAUCUAUUGUAGUGAGGAUCACGCUCAAGGAUGGAACAUACCACGAAGACAUCGGCUAUGGUUCAAUUGAGAAUGGUAAAGGCAAAGCAGCUUCGUUCGAGAAGGCAAAGAAAGAGGCAGCUACCGAUGGAUUGAAGCGCGCGUUACGCACGUUCGGCAACGUCUUGGGCAACUGUCUAUAUGACAAGGCAUACCUCAAGAAGGUUCAGUCAAUGAAGGUUGAGCCUGUCAAGUUCCAGGAGGACAACUUACACCGGCAUUCGGACUUUGCUCCCAAAGUAAAACAGGAGAUGGCGAUGGUAAAGAGGGAGCCGCAUCACACUCCGGUUAGGACCAACCCGAUAUUAAGAACGCGUACCGACCAUCUCGGGGCAUCGAUAUCGGGCGAAUUUGAUGACGAGUUCGACGGGAAUUUGUUCGAUGGAGUGGACAUGGAGAAUACUGGUGAAGACUUCAGUUUCGAGUCAGCCGCUGCAGGAUCGGUAAACGGCAUCAACGGUGCGACCCCCAGCCGAAAUGCACCUCUACCAAAUGGUGGUCCUUCACGACAACCAGAUCCCAGAGCGCAGAACGCACCAGACGCAAGAGGCCCUCAUGCUGUACAACAACAAUCUCAGAACAACAUACAGAACGGUGCCAGCAGACCAGCUAUUGUGCCUCCGAAUGCGAGAGCACCGCAGACCCCUAUACAGCAGAACGGCAACAGUCGACCUGAUCUGAACCGACCACGCAUGCAACCACCGACCGUGGACAUUCACGCCGCCCCGAAACCUCAGAACCCAAACCACCAAUCAUCAGGCCCAGCACCACAAAUCCAACCACACCGCCCGAUUCCUCCGCAAGCACAGCAACAGCAACCAAAACCAUCCGGACACCCGUCCGCAGCGCCAGCUGCAAACCCACCCUCAAAUCACCGUCCACCCGUCGGCUUCGUAACCUCCCGCGCCGCCGAACUCCUACAGAACCCCGAACCCCCCGCUUCUCUUACAAACCUCCCUGCCUUCAAUCCAAACGUCGAAUCCCCCAUACCCAAAGAACAGCGCACUCCAGGCAUCGAUCACGCCUCCAGCAAACCCAUCAAGCGCGACACAGUCAACGCUCCAGCACCUCCACCUCCCAACCUCGGACCACCUGCCGGCGGCUUCAAUCGUCCAGGUGUAGGAGGACGUGGCAACUCCAACUUCGUGAAUCCACAUCAGGAUGCGAACAGGAGGAUUGGCAUGCCGGGUGCGGGCAUGAGUCCUGGGGGAAUUAAUAGGGGACAGUAUAGGCCGCCGAUAAAGAGGCCGCCGUUGCAGGAUGUAAGUAACCAAGGUGCUGCGGGCGGUGGCACGGGUGAGCCCGAAGCAAAGAGGCAGAGGGUUGAGGCGCCUAGAUCGGAAAAUACGGGAGGUGCACCUUUGGGCAGUUCGUAA